UGAGCCUGAUGCCAGGCGAUGCUGCUUCACUCGCUCAGCCUGCCAGAUAUUGACGAUAAUGCACAGUUGUACGUAUCGAGUCCCUGUGUAGUGACAACUGACAGAACCCGGGCGAUGCCGAGUCAUAAAGUCGGGAUCUGUUGCUGGCUCAGGCAUAUCUCGAACGCAAGUAAAACUUGUCGUCAGUGUGAUAGAGAGUCGGCUGAGGCAAAUGUCCAUCAGUGAUACGCUGAGGAAUUGUCAUGAGGAGAAGCAGAGGACCGGAGAAGAUGAAAUAUACGGAGACGGGGAUAAUUGAGAGGGGGAGUUUGACAGUCUCUUGAGAGGUCCAUGACGUGAUUAGGGCAGUGACGUUCUGGAAGCGGGUCAGGAUGAGAAACGGGUGUUUCACGGGUAACGGUGCCAACUGGAGUACGUGUUUGCCUUCAACAGGGUAAGGUUUAACCGGACAUCUGACAUGUCUUAAUGAACUCGACCCUAUAGUCAAUCUACGCGGUGUACUAAACAGCUGACACUAUUGCUUCUGAGAGUACUAAUGCAAUGUGGACAAGAAGGACUAGUUGACAUGGCCUGGGUCACUACGGUCAGUUGUGAUGCGAUGGACAAGGCUAAUAUAUUCUACCUGACAACACAGCUAUCGUCACAUGUUGAUCUUCUGACACCUAUGUUUGUUUGUGUUGACAUCACGACCGUGUGACGUCAACCCCCGUGGUUAGAUCCAGGGUGUGAGUCAGCACCUGUGGGGGUGGAGUGGGUAUCAGUCCGGGGUUGUGGCAGGAUGAGCCGGCCAGGGAGAAGGGGGUGCUGCGCUCUUCUCCACCUCCGAGAAGACAACGCCCGUUUUGUCCUGCUGUUCAUAGUGAUGGGUAUUUACAUGUUGGCGGGUGCUGGGAUAUUCAUGUUGUUGGAGGCAGAGAACGAGACCACGGAGAGAAAGCACUACCAGGAUGCUGUGGAUACCUUCUUGAGCCAGUACCCGGAAGUAAACCGGUCCCGACUACAGACACUCCUGGAUCUGCAUGGGAGAGCGGAGACCGCUGGUAUAGUUGGGGACAAGCGACCUCGCUGGGACUUCCCAGGGGCUUUCUAUUUCGUUGGCACAGUCGUCUCAACCAUAGGAUUCGGGAUGACAACCCCACAGACUGUUCCCGGGAAGGUCGUGCUCAUAUUCUACGGAUUUUUCGGUUGUGCGGGAGCUAUAUUGUUCUUCAAUUUGUUCCUGGAGAGAAUCAUCACGUUCCUAGCCUACAUACUGCGAGCUAUACAUGAGCGUGAGUUGAAACGGAAAGGUCUCAUGAACGACUCACGGGACUCCAAAGACCGACGAUCGUCACAGAUAUCCGAGGAUGAAAAUCUUGAUUCAUGGAAACCUUCUGUUUACUGGGUCAUGCUUAUUCUACUGUUGGGGGCGGGGAUUGUCGCCUGUUGUGCCUCGGCUAUGUACUAUCCCGUGGAAGAUUGGUCUUAUUUUGAGGCUAUGUACUUCUGUUUUGUAACCUUUGCUACUAUAGGAUUCGGUGAUUAUGUAGUAAGCCAAAAAGCCAACUACGUGAAUGUCCACUUCUACCGUUUAGGCAACUUCAUUUUCAUUGUGAUUGGGUGUUGUUGCAUAUACAGUUUAUUCAAUGUGACUUCGAUUGUGAUAAAACAGUUUCUAAACUGGUUGUUGCGCAGGUUGAACUGCCAGUGUCAAGUCCGAAAACCGACUAGAACCCGUCGUAAUGCAAUCACCCCAGGACACCUACACCGUGGAACUAAGCCCCCUCCAGUAACUGUGGCAGACCCAGAUGGGGAUAGUGACUCAGAAUACAGACGUAACUCGGGGGAAAUGAUAUCAAUGAGGGAUUUCUUGCAGGCCAACAAGAUAUCUUUGGCAAUGAUGCAAAAACAGUUAUGGGAAACCUCGCAGCGAGGCGGGAACAGUUCUAGCGGGUUCCAAGGCGGUGUGGGGCCUCUAGCAAUUCUCAACCGGAAGUUGGGACAGGAUGAAAUUUGAUCCCGGUGUAUGACGGGAAAUGUAAUUUUCCAUCCCUCAGUGCCCUAUUUAUAAGUGUGACAGUUACAUACAUGCAUAUAUAUGCAUGCUAUUUUUUUUAAUUUUAACUUUUGUUAAUCACGACCACUCUUUGUAUUGAGUUUUGCUGUCACAAGUCCCAUACUUCAUUCUUGCGUUGGCGCUCCUUGGGAAGUGUGAUGCAACAAGCACAUUGUCGGAGCAGACUGUUGAUUAAUUUCUUCACAUUCAUAUUAGUCGUUCCCCCAUUUCUUGUUGCAACACAAUAACCCCAAUGUACAUACACAUAGUUGACGUAAGUGCAAGACAAUAUAACGCAAUUAUAUAACUUAUCCCUUGAUUGGGUCUCAACUUUUCUAAUCCUAAUUUCAAUAUGAUCGCCACGGUAAUUUAUGCAAGUGUCCGUGUGGACUUAGAGAUGUAGAAACUGUGUGGUGGGUCUGAAGAUAUAUUUUGACGUUUCUAUCCGUUAAUAUCCUUUUCCUUCUCACAUCCGAUUUUUUGUAUUACUGUGUUAUCAUAUAAUGGUCAUUUCUAGAGUCAUCAGUUAUAACCAAGUUGUUUCUACAUCCAGUUAUACAACAUCUUCCAGAGGCAAGGGGAGUUAACUGACUUUUAUAGUUAGUUAACGCCCUUGCCUCGGGAAGAUGGUUAUACAACAUAAAAAGGUCAAGUUUCAAGAUGAUUCAUUUAGCACACCAGUUUCCCUGCAGUUAAAAUAGUUUAUAAACUAUGAGGAUUAUUUAAGACGAAUUACUACUAAACACAUAAACGAUAUAACUUGUUAGAUUUCGAUGCAGAUCCAAAAAUUGAGAAUUAGAACUUAGAAUUAAGUGUACCUCGCAAGCAAAGAAAAUGUAAGCUUGUCAUACUUGUGUCAUCAGUUUAAUAUUUUGUUGGUAUGUCCAGCUUAUCAUCAUAUAAGAAAGAUGUAUCUCACUAAUAUAUUCAAGUCCCAGGAUGAACAUUGUUAAUCAAUUAUUGUCAUCCAAUAAAAAAUAUGUGUAUCACUAAGUUUCUCUUCUAUGGUAAGGUAAGCCGUUUGUAACAAACUCUCUUUGUAAUUAAAACUUAUAUGGCUUAACUUGCAAAUGUCCAAUAAAGCCUGUUGCAUAUAUAUAACGAAAUAAAUAGAAUACAAUAGACGUAUGUAUCUGAAUCUUUAUGAGUAAGAUAUCCCCAUUGGUUGGGAUUCCGAUCUCCAACAUGGCCGCCACGGAAGCCAUGUUGAGAAGGGCGUUUUGGGUCAUCGAUAUGUUUAUAUAUUUAUGUGCAAAUUAUGUUCAUCGUAAGUCUAUGUUAAAAUAUUGGAGUUAGCAUCAUCCUCGUGCUUUCGUUGUAGCAGCGUAGUCAUUUUUAUACAAUAAUUUGGACUGUUACAUCGCAGUUUUUGAAGAGAUCUUUACUAAGUUUUGUAUGAAGCUGGUCUGAACAUACAUCUGCCAUUUCUAUGUAUCUAUAUAUGCUUGUUGUUGGUCUCAUUUUCACCACGUAAACGUUUUAAUUUUCUACAACCACUGGAUUAAAGAAUCUGAAGCUACACAUGGCAGAUGGUGUCGACACUCAUCUAGAACUGAUCCAUUCAGUGUGCAUGUUAUGUAGUGGCUUGCAUCCUGUUGCAUCCUACAUAUCAAUGUGGUUUCAAAGUGUUUCAAAUAGCGAAGUAGGAAAAGGGCCCGUUUUGCCCAUUGGAAAUGUCAAAUGUAAGAAACUUUGAAAAAUGAGUAUGGAAAUUAUGAGACUGUCAGUGGCGGACUCAUAGCUUAUGUCUUUCUUACACGAUUCUGUACAAGGUUUUGCUCAUGUCCAAAAUAUUAGAAAACCAAUUCCUGAAAACCUCUGAAAUUAGCCCUUCCGAUACAUUUUAGCAUCACCUAUAAAUGUGUUUAAAUAAGUAAACACAACAUGGAAGUGGUACUCAAUAGAAGUUUCAUUUUCUUUGGAAUGAAUACAUCUGAUAGCUAUACAGAUUUGUAGAGGCUUUGCUAAAUUUUUAUUAUUACCGAUCAUGUAGUCCAAUAGUUGCCUGUAUCAAACUUUGUCCCUUUUCGUACAUUUCGUACUCCAGGGCCCCGUUCCUCAAAGCGAUCUUAGCGCUAAGGUGAUCGUAAGUCCCAUACUUUAACAUAGGCUUACAAUCAUCGUAGCGCUUAGAUCGCUUUGAGGAACGGGGCCUAGAACAAUUAAAUUCCCCUAGCUUUCACGACCCUGUUCUAACGUUCUAAUACGAAAGUUUUCUCAUUGAAAACAAUGAUUUAUUCGAUUUUCACUCUUUUUAUCUUCUGAAAGCUGAGCAACAUGAGAAAUAUUCUGUGAUACCACACAUGUUUCCAGGUGUUAGUAGUUAUACAGCUGCAUGUCGACACAUCUAUCUGAAUGUCGAACAUGGGUCUGCACCAUAGGUAACAUAUACGGGAUAGCAUCCGCACAGUAAAGGCUGAAAACACCGAAACAGGCAUCCUCGCCAGUGUGUGAAAUCAUCUGUCUCAGACAGCUUGAAAUUCCGGGUUGGAAAUGGUCUAACAACCCAUACUUGUCUCCCCCCGUGAAGAUCCGGCUUAGAAUUGAUCUUCAACAACCCACCUAUGCUUGUCUAACCCCGUGAAGAUCCAGAUUAGAACCGGUCUUCAACAACCCAUGCUUGUCUUCCCCCGUGAAGAUCCAGGUUAUAAUCGGUCUUCAUCAACCUAUAAUUAUCGUAAGAGACGACUAACGGGAUCGGAUGGCCAGGCUCACUGACUUGGUUGAUGAAUGUCAUCGUAUCCCAAUUGUGUAGAUCGAUGCUAAUGAUGUCAGUCACUGCAUUGUCUGGUCCAGACCGCCGCCAUACAAGUCUUUGUCUUUGACGGGAUGACACUCAGGGGAGUCACAUCUAUAGACGACUAACUUGUUAUUUACUGCGUGUGGGAUUAAUGGAUAGACUGAAAUAGACAAUAAUGACCAAUGGCAUCCAAAGAAGACAUGAAGGGUUGCCCACAUUUCCCUUAAUCAGGUGGCCAUACAACGCCCCACCGUCCACGGUUUUCUGUCGUCAUGACUCCUACUAAUAAGCCGUAUAAUACAGCCAUGCUGCUGCCACGGACGAAGCCUUGUUACCGGCAAGCUAUCACCCUAACUCUGAAAGGUUUCCAGCUUUCAUGUAUGCUCCCUGGCUUUGAGGGUUGUGCGUUGCAACAGCUCGUCCACACCAUGUCCACAUGUUGUGAUAAGAAAUGCCAAAUCGCACCACCCCUCUGUAAAUGCUUCCCGUCGCUGACAGACAAAUCAGUUUCUUGUCUCAUUCCAUCUUGAGCCCUCGUGACCUUUCUUUAACUACGGUGCAAUUGUCAUCUCAAGGAUUAUCAGUACUCGUUGAAAAUUUGCUUUGUCCUCAUUUGCAGCGUGUUUCUUAACGACGUCCCCGUUCCAUUUGCCGCAAUCACCAAAAUUUGAAUUUUCGCUGAAAUCCGUGCUAUGAUCAUUACUGCCGCGCUGCGACCUCAUUCCCCAUAAUGUGGUUACCCGAACAAUCAAGCCGCUGGCAGUACUGAUUCCUGUUUAUUUGGCUACUUAGUCACAGAGCGUACAGAAGACAUUUGGACAAAUACGUUUUUCUGAAUAAUAGCACUUCCUGGAGAAGCUGGAAAAUAUAGGGCAAUUAACGCAGUGAGUAGUUUAACACGUGGUAUAACUUUUUGUCCUAAUGGGACACUAUAAAAGACGGGAAGGGACACACUCACGUUUCACACAUGCUGUAAUGACAUAAUAUGGUGGAACUUUCCCCAUUUCGGCACUGGUUUUCCAAACAUUCACAGUGGUUCAUAAUACUAAAACGAGUUUAAGGACCACCCGAUGCUUUGUUAUUACUAUAGUUAAUCUGUCAUGGCAGAUGGCAUGUAUUAUUAUUAAUAUACAGUUUCAUCACAUGACAGACUAACUAUAGUUAUAUGAAGGAAUCGGGGAUCCUUAACUUCUCUUGAGUAGUAUAUACAGCUUUGCUACCAGAACACUGUGAUUUUGUAUUAAUACAUAAAGGGAGAGUACGACGACACAAAAAUAUACUUUCAAGGUGAUCCAGACUUAGAGUGUGUGUAGUUAUUGUCAACAUGUGGCGAAAGUAAGACAUUCUUGGGUACAAAUGUAGGGCAGACAGGUCGUUCAUUGACGCUCAUACAUGUACUAGGAUGCUUACUGUUUCCAUUUCCACCAUCCUGAAAGUGAAAAUGUGGGAUGCCUGACAUUACUUUCUGCAAUCACAUCUUGUACAAUACUGGUGAAUGUUUCCUGACUCAAAGGUGUAUCUGAACUGAGAUUUGUACAGCAUUUUGUAUUAAACUAAUUUCGUAAUA